AUGUCUGAUUCCAUCCUCAGCGCCAUCGCUUACAAGUUCCUCACCGACGCCGGCCACACUGCCGCCGCCGCCGCCCUCAAGAAGGAGGUGAAGAAGCUCCCCUCUGCCCCCGAGGUCACUCUCGGCCAGCUCUUUGAGGCGUACCAGGCUCGCACCUCGCAGAAGCGCAAGGCUGAGGACGAGGCCACCCCCGCCGCCAAGCGCUCCAAGGACGAGUCGGACUCUGAUUCCGAUUCCGACUCUGACUCUGACUCUGAGGAGGAGGAGGAGACCAAGAAGAAGGCCGAUUCCAGCAGCAGCGAGUCCGAGGAGGAGUCUGACGACUCUAGCUCGAGCGAGUCCGAGGAGGAGUCUGAGGACAAGGAAGACGAGAAGGAAGACGAGGAGGAGGAGUCCGAGGAGGAGGAGAAGCCCAAGUCCAACGGCGCUUCCGCCAACGGCCACAAGCAGCACAACGACGAGCGCUCUGCUCCUUCGUCCGUCCUCUUUGUUGGCAACCUCUCGUGGGCUGUCUCCAAGGACGACCUUUACAACCACUUCUCCCAGUACGAGGGCCUCACUGACGCCCGCAUUGCUUGGGACCGCGACAUGGAUCGCUCCAAGGGCUUUGGCCACGUCGAGUUCAGCAACGCUGACUCUGCCGCUAAGGCUCUUGAGGAGCUCAACGGCUCUGACCUCGGUGGCCGCGCCAUCCGCCUCGAUUUCGCUGGCGAGCGCGCCAACGGCGGUGGCAACGGUGCCUCUCCCCGCGGUGGCGGCUUUGGUGGCCGUGGUGGCUUUGGCGGCGGCCGUGGCGGCUCUCCCCGCGGUGGCGGCUUUGGCGGCCGUGGUGGCUUUGGUGGCCGUGGCGGCUCCCCCCGUGGUGGCGGCUUUGGCGGCCGUGGUGGCUCUCCCCGUGGCGGCGGCUUCGGUGGCCGUGGCGGCUUUGGCGGCGGCAACAACUCCCGACAGACCUUCGACGAUUAA